GCGAGACAGCUUGAUCAAGACAAGAAAAGUGAAGUCAAAAGAGAUGGUCAUGACUUCAGUUCAUUUGUUUCACCUGCAUUCGUUCUGUGCCCCUCCUUCCAGAGUUUGUCAGACAGUUCUUGCCGUUCUUUUGCUUCGAGGUUCGAGGUGUUAGUAAUGGAAUCCAAUGCUGUGCUGGACACGUUAGCUACUUUAGCAGGAACUGUGGAGCAGCUGAAUGGCUUCACUCGUGAUGGAGCAGAAAUCCAGGAGAUCGGCGACGGCAAUUUGAAUUUUGUCUACAGAGCGAAGUGGAUACUGGAUGGGAGACCGUGCAGUGUGGUGGUGAAGCAGGCACCUGCAUACAUUAAAUGUUUGGGUCCAAAAUACGCCCUAACGCAGGCUCGACUGCAGGUAGAGUACCAUGCUCUACAGCGUUUUCACGAGAUCAUGCCAGGAUCUUGUCCACGGCCGUACUACUUCGAUCAAGAACGCUCGCUCAUGAUCAUGGAAGACUUGGGAUCGUAUGUAGUGAUGCGCUCUCAGAUCAUCUCAGGCAUUGUGAAUGUGGAUGCUGCCUGCGCUGUGGCCAAGUUUGCAGCCGCCAUCCAUUCCAAGAGCCACAAGCUCUCCACUGGCAGCCGUGACUGGGAAGAUUUGUGCGACAACUUCUCCAACGCCGAUAUGGUGGACAUCACGCGACAGUACGUGUUUGUGAGACCGUACGAUGCUGAGGACCCGACAAACAAGUCACCGGACGUAGUCAAAGCGCUGUCGCAGGAGAUGCGCUCCAGUGCGGCCGUGAAGCGCAAUGUCGCUGAUCUGACGCGCAAGUUCUUGGAGAACCGUGAGUGCUUGCUGCACGGCGACCUUCACAGUGGCUCCAUCAUGGUGUGCGGCAGCGAGGCGCGACUCUUUGACGUCGAGUUUGCAUGCAUUGGUCCAGCGGCAUUUGAGAUUGGGAUGUAUACUAUCCAAUUCUGCGUGUCCUGGUUGGCUCACAAGCAUUGUAAUCCAGACGUUGACGGUAGCCUCCUUGCAACUCUGGAGGAAGCCACAAGACGUGUGUGGGACACCUACAGGUCGCGCUUCUUUGCUGAUGGAGUUGCCGAGGAUGCCAUUUCGCAGUUCUGGUUAGACGCUGUCGGGUUUGGUGCGUGUGAGGCCACCCGUCGUGUGAUUGGAGCUGCUCCUAUUCCCGACUUGUCGAAUGAUGCUUCUCUCCUGGCCGUUCUUAGACUUUGCUAUAAGAUCUUGUCAGACACUCAAUCAGUCAACACCGUGGACAGGUUGAUUGAAAUGAUGAAAUCGUUGGCUUGAUGCUUUCAGGGUGGCUUUGCUUGACCGCUAACAGAACUCGCCCCCAGCAACACCCAUGGCCAUGGCCUUGCGUCUUUCACAUGGCAGUUUGGGAACGGGACUGAAUCUCAUUGACACUGAAAAUCACUGUUCCCUUGCAUGCCUGAAUGCUGACAGGUACCAGUCCCGGCACUUCUUGAAGUCAUGGUUGUUGUCAGUCCCUGCCAUUCACGGAAAUAUUGUGUCUCGUGUUUGUUGCCAUUAAUGUAUGGUAUGGUGCUGCAAUCUACCAAUAUCAGCUACAACAAGAACGUCAUCAUGAACACCUGGAGUGGUACUACAGUAUUUACUGCUCUGAAGCCAAACAACACACACAUACCAUUCAGUAUGAUGGAUGCACUGAGCCAUUUUGUUUACUACUUUUAUCAUGUGUAUACUAAACACGUGUACUUCAUCUUGAGUGCUACGGAAUGCAGCUAUCACCGCUCAUGGCCUAACGUCAUAGUACAUGAAGUAUAUGUAUCAUGGUAACAGACUGGCAGGUCAUAGUCUGUAGGUAGUUAGGAGACGCAUAAAAACUGCCUUGCCCUACUCUGGUAGCAAGGUGACCGCUGGCGUUACUUCUCAUAUCCUGCUGACUACUUAUAAUCUUUUGUUUUUAAUAGUCAGAGAACUGUCUGUUGAGUUGUUAGAAUUAUGUAGCUGUCUCUCGAUGAUAUAUUUAAAAGAAGGAAUUUAGAAAAUCACUUUAAAACAUGCAUGACAUUCACCACUUCACAACAUAACUGCUACUAUUUUGAAUC